GCGGCGGGUUUCCACCGUCGUCUAGUCAAAUGUUUACACCAGGAGUAAAGAAAACUAAAACAAAACACCCGCUUAUGAUGAGAAAUGGCGGUAGAUUCCGACAGUUUUAUACAGCUUCGGUUUCAUUGCUUGAGAAACCUGUCGACAAGUUUGUGCACCAAACCCGUAUCCCAAUUCAGGCGGUUUCUUUCGAUACGAAUUACCAGCUUCGACAACUCAUUGAUUCGGGGAAUCUGCGAGAUGCUCGCCAAGUGUUCGACAAAAUGCCGCACAGAGACGUCUUUUCAUGGACAGCCAUCAUUCAGGGAUACGUAGCUGCCUCAAACCACGACGAAGCGCUGAUUCUCUUCUCCGCAAUGCACGUCGAUCCUCGCGUCUCAGCAGAUACCCACGUGCUGAGUGUUGCACUCAAAGCUUGCGGUCAAAGUUCCAACGUUUCGUUUGGAGAAUCUUUACACUCUUUUGCGGAGAAAACUUCUCUGCUCAGCUCUGUCUUCGUCGGAAGUGCUUUAAUUGAUUUGUACAAGAGAACCGGAAUGAUCGACAAGAGCUGCAGAGUUUUCAGUGAAAUGGAUUUUAAAAAUACGGUGACGUGGACAACAAUCAUAACGGGCCUUGUUCACGCUGGUCGCCACAAGGAAGGGCUUUGUUACUUUUCGGAGAUGUCGAGGUUCAGAGAACUGCCUGAUACGUUUACAUUUGCCAUUGCCUUGAAGGCUUGUGCCUGUUUGCGUCAGCUCAGAUACGGACAGGGGAUUCAUACUCAUGUGAUUGUGAAAGGCUUCGGUGCCGUCCUAUGCGUGGCUAACUCUCUCUUCACAAUGUAUACCGAGUGUGGGGAAAUGGCAGACGCGCUGCGUUUGUUUGAGAGUAUGAGUGAGAGGGAUGUUGUUUCGUGGACAAGCCUUAUCACUGCGUAUAGCCGUAUAGGCCAAGAAGAAAACGCUGUGAACACAUUCUUACAGAUGAGAAACUCUGAAGUAUCUCCCAAUGAACAAACGUUUGCGUCCAUGUUCGCUGCAUGCGCGAGUCUUUCUAGGCUCGUUUGGGGAGAGCAGAUCCACGGUAAUGUUUUCUCUCUAGGGAUAGUUGAUUCUUUGUCAGUUAUCAACUCUAUGAUGAAGAUGUAUUCAACAUGUGGGAAGUUAGACUCUGCUUCUGUUCUGUUCCGAGGAAUGAGAUGCAGAGACAUUAUCUCGUGGAGCACGAUCAUCGGAGGGUACUCUCAAGGCGGAUUUGUAGAAGAAGGUUUUGAGUAUUUCUCAUGGAUGAGACAAUCAGGGACAAAGCCUACUGAUUUCGCUCUCGCUAGCUUGCUGAGCGUUUCGGGAAACAUGGCUGUUCUUGAGCAAGGCAGGCAAGUCCACGCGCUUUCACUUCACCUCGGUUUAGAACAGAACCCCACAAUACGCAGUGCGCUGAUUACUAUGUACUCGAAAUGUGGAAGCAUCGCAGAAGCUUCAAAGGUAUUUGAAGAAACGAACAUAGCUGAUAUUGUUGCUUUGACAGCUAUGACCAACGGAUAUGCAGAACAUGGAAAGAGCAAAGAAGCUAUCGAUCUGUUUGAGAAGAGUCUAAACGUUGGUUUCAGACCCGACGCUGUGACUUUCAUCAGCGUCCUCAACGCCUGCGCUCAUUCGGGACAGCUCGACCUCGGUUUUCACUACUUCAACGUGAUGCGAGAGAGGUACAACAUGAGUCCAGCCAAGGAACACUACGGUUGCAUGGUUGAUCUGUUGUGCCGAGCAGGGCGGUUAAGCGAAGCAGAGAAGAUGAUCGAUGAGAUGCCGUGUGAGAAGGAUGACGUGGUCUGGACCACGCUUCUCAGAGCGUGUACGGCCAAAAGAGACAUUGAACGUGGGAGAAGAGCGGCGGAGAGGAUAUUGGAGCUGGAUCCUACUUCUUCUACUGCGCUCGUAACACUAGCUAAUAUAUAUUCGAGCACAGGGAAGUGGAAAGAGGCUGCGAUUGUAAGGAAGAGUAUGAAAUCAAAAGGCGUGAUGAAAGAGCCUGGAUGGUCUUCGAUUUUGAUCAAGGAUCAGGUUUCAGCUUUUGCAUCUGGUGGUCAGUCUCAUCCACAAUGUGAAGAUAUAUACAGUAUCUUGGAAUUAGUAGUUCAUAGAUACGAUUGUGCAAUAAAGGGAGCUUUUGAGUCGACUCAAAUUUGUGAUCCUUAACUCUUUAAGUGUUUAGUAGCACAUAAACUGCAGAACCUAAGGCAGAUGCAGCAGCAACCGUAAAGACGGCUAUCUGUACUGGGAAUGAUGAGGCAAAAGCUUGGAGAACAAGUGAUUUCCAAGUGAUGUACCAUAAGGUGCAGUAAACAGAACCAAAGAUGGCACCCACCACCACUUGACUGGUCGUGUGAAGCUUCUGAGACACCCUUAACCAUGUCUGCAUAAAAUUAACAUGAGUGUGCGUGUAUAUUUCGUGCUAUAGAUAUGAAGAGAGAGAGAGAGAGACUUACAAAGUAAGAAGCCAAUGCGAGGAUGAAGCCACUAAGGAACAGAGAGAGUGGAUUAGUUCCAAGCCACUCCAUAACUGGGGGGAAACAUAAAAGUAAAAUCAUCUUUGAGAGUUUGACCAAAUGCAAAGAAGAAACAAUUGAGUAGCUGCUAACCAGAGAAGAGGGUAAAGAGAGAGAUGAAAGAAAUGGAUUGAGCAUGAGAGGAUGGCAUCCCAGGAUCAGAACGCAAUGUUGCAACCGGUCUCUCUUGGUUAAGUAUGCGUUUUAGAGUAACCGAAAGCAGAGAGUUGGAAAUAAAGCCAAUGACAGCCCACAAGGAUGCACCAUCAUGUCUUAGAAGCAGAACUGAUCCAAACAGAGCAGCUACAACCCAUUUGCUCUGCCAUUUAAACAGAGAGAUUGUAAUGUUUCAUUAUAGUCAAAACAUUUUUGUGUGCUACAGAGAAUUCGAAUACCAACCAGACGAUUAGCGGCGGCGUUGAUCCCAACACCGACCAAAUCAUUCGACGGAUUAUUAAUGAAAGCAUCUUGCUCGAGCGUCUCAAACCGUUCUUCUUCGCCGUCUCUCAAGGCAUGAGUUUUGACUAAAUAGGCCAUAGUUUUAGGGGCAGAGAAAGAGCAAAGACUCCUCCUAUUCAAAGGAAAGAUUAAGCUACAUCUUUGAUAUCGAGCGGAACUAGUGUAAGCUGGAUCAGAUGAAUGUUGAAAAUAAAAAUUGCAGGUAGGUUUGUGGAAGAGAGCAAGAGAUGACGACGCUGCUGCCAAUGCCAUUUCCAAAAUGAAAAGAAAA